AUGGAUAGGAAAGUUCCUAAUAAGCAUAUAUCUCUUUCUAAUCCACAAUCUGGAAAUUUAAGAAUAAUUAAUAUUGCCAAUAACCAGAAACAGAAUUGUAAACUCGAGAUCAUGGACUAUCAAACGCUACACAUUAUCCAUCAAUUGUCUCCUCCAUUCCAAUGGGUUCGAAAUGUAAAAAUCUCAGCAGAUGGUGGCCUUGUAGCCGUAGAAUACUAUACCAAUUAUCCGGCAUCUUUCCGAGCAAACAAAAGAUGGAUGAUUUAUAACCUUAAUUUUAAGAAAGAAUUAUAUUUUGUGGACAAAAGAAAAAAAAGAAUGAAUCAUGUAACUUUUAAAAGCAUGGAAUUCUGUCCUAAUGUCUUAAAUAGCUGUAACUUUAUUAGCCUAUGCUAUAUAAACAAAGACAUUAAGCUUUGGAAAAUUCAAGAUAAUCAUAUACAAUGUACUGGCAAGGAGAUAUCCUUUGCAUUUAAAGUAGAGUCCUAUCGCUGGAUGCAAAACGGAAGUAAAAUACUAUUAUGGGGAAGAAAAUACUAUGUAGAUUGUAUGGGUAGACCAGAAAAAUUAAAUACUAUUCUUGAAUGCCAAAUACAGAUUUGGAAUUUUGAAACUUGGCAUAGAUUGCGUUCCAUGGAAGUUCCUAGCUACAUCGUUAGACAACAACAGAACUUGUUUAAACCUUCCGGAUAUGUUAAUAACGCCGGUGCAUUGCAUAAUGUCAAUUAUAUCGAUAACGAUUGUACAGUCUUAAUUCUCGGAUAUAGCAAAAUUAUUGGUCUGAUCAAAGUACCAGAUAAUGGUGUCGAGACUGUAAAUUUAAUCGAAGAUUUUAUGAACAGCUUUCAGCCAAUUUUUAAAAAAUCCAUGCCAGUUAACGAUAUUUCUAUAUCUGAUGAUCAGCAGUUUAUUACUAUCGAUAUUGAUGAUCGCAAUGAUGCUAAAGCAUCGAAACUUGUAAUCAGGAUGUUAUCAGGACAGCCCCAGUCUUAUUUAAUGUUAAAGCCUUCAAAUGGAAACAAACUUACAAAAUACAUUCCUGACAGUAGCCGCUUAAUUAUUUAUGAUUAUGAUCUUGAAUAUUGUAUAUAUGAGUAUAAUUUAAAAGCUAAUAAUCUACGUUGGCAAACCAUAAAAAAUAAGGAAAUAAUUUAUUUUAAUGAAAAGAGAGAGAUAAUUCAGGAAUUCGACGAAGAAAUCUUAAGUACAUGUUGUGCAUUCAUAAAUCAUGAUCCAUUGAUGAUUCAGUUAAUUCAAAAAGACGGCAAGAGUGAAUUAAAAGUUUACAAUUAUAAGGAGGACCAGCAAUCAACAAAAGUAUUUUGUUACUCUUUAGACGAGCCUUAUGAUCGAUGCUUUACUUAUAAUAACCUACAGUCUGCUGUGGUUAUCCGCACCUAUUUAGAAGAUUGCAAGCGUUCAUUGAAGUACAAGAAUGUUUCUAUCGCAGAAAAGCCUAACCUUCUGAAUAUGAGAGACAGCGAAAAGUGCAAAGAACUACUAAGAUAUGAUACAGAACCAGAAGUUACUUGUGUAACUGUUACCGGAUCGAAAUACCGAGAAAAAGACAACACUUUAAUUUUUGUCAUGAAUGUUAAGCACUCUGUUAGUUGUGGCAUCCUGGUAGCAGCUAUUAACCUAUGUGAUGGUGCAAAGACGAUCUAUGAAGACAAAUAUGCAUACUCACAAAUUAGACCUAUCUACUUUGAUGACAAUUAUCUUAUUACCAAUCAACAGAAAGUAAACUCGAAUGAUUACUGCAUUAUGUCUUAUAAACUAGGAAAUAGCAAAGCACAAAUACUGAACAAAGAAGAAUUUAAUUAUCAUAGGGAUAGAGGAUUAGCAUGUAAAGUAAAUCUACCUGGAAAAUACUGCAUUGAUUCUCUUAAGAUUAAAUGCUCGUCAUUGAAAAUCAAAGAAGAUUUAGUACACGAAAUAUGGAAAGAUGAGGAUGCAAAAAUAUUUCUUGUAUUUGAUCAGAAUUAUAGAAUUUUAAGGAAAAGCUGCAAGAAUCGUGCCAUAAAUCUUGAAUUUGAUUCUCGGAUUUUAAACUUUGAGGAACUGUCAUCGGAAAAUUUAUUUCUUACGUUUAAUAUUAAUAACUCUAACAUUUAUAUUUAUGAAUUGAAUACCCUUCAAUUGAUUCACAAAAUAUCAUUUCCUUACUUUAUUGUGCAACAUACAAAAUGGAAUCCUCAGCAGUCCUCAUUUAUUCUUUCUGAUGGUGAACAGCGAUAUAAUAUAUUUAAAAAAAUUAAGCAAGAUUAA